AUGCAACAACAGCAGCAGUUCCAGCAGCUUCAGCAAGCUCAACAACAACAGCUUCACCAACUACAACAACAACAACAAGUAGGCGCUUCUGUCCUACCUCCUACUCAGGGCUCGCCAUUCUCUCAGGACCAAUUGGUAGAUUUACGCCAUCAGAUCAUUGCCUUCAAGCUCAUCUCUGCUAAUAUGGCUGUCCCCCCAAAUUUGCAGGAGGCCAUCUUCACUCCCAAAUCAGUUGAACAGGUCUUGAGCGCCAAGGAACCUACGGCUUCGGUGGCUGGAAGAGUUGUUGAUGUCGCUCGUCAUCAUUUGUCAGAACAAACUCCAACCGCAUCAGACUAUAACGCAUAUACAUCACCUUUUUCAUACCUUCAGAAGACUUUACCCUCGGCAGUACAUGCGUCGCGUCAGCAGCGCUUGUUGAUCCCUAGUAUCUCGCCAGUUGGUAUUGAUCCAUACGCAUUGGCUCAGGAGCGCGAUAAUCGUCUGAAGAACCGUGUUAAAUAUCGUAUUGAAGAGCUAGAUGGUCUUCCUAGCAAUAUCGCCAGUGAGGCUCUUGACCCCUCUGGAGGUCUUCUGGGCCAAGAAAACAAGGCGCCACCAUCUGGACCCAAGCUUAGGGCCUUGAUUGAGCUCAAGGCGCUAAGGCUUCUGGAGAGGCAAAAGAAGCUUCGUGCGGAAAUUAUUAAGGGAAUGUCAAAGGCAACUAUGCUCGCAACAUCUACUGAUCGAGCCGCUUAUCGUAGAAUGAAGAAACAAUCCUUACGUGAGGCCCGAAUGACCGAGAAACUUGAGAGGCAACAGAGACAGGAUCGCGAGGGACGCGAGAAGCAGAAGCAUCUAGACUACCUUCAAAAUAUUGUAAAUCACGGACGUGAUAUGAUUCAAUGGCAUAGGACACAACAGAUGAAACAGAACAAGUUGGGACGUCUCGUUCUUCAAUUCCACGCUCAUGUGGAGAAGGAGGAAGCCAAACGUAUUGAACGUAUCUCUAAGGAGCGUCUAAAGGCUUUGAAGAACGAUGAUGAGGAGGCAUACAUGAAGCUUAUUGACCAGGCCAAGGAUACUCGUAUCACACAUUUGUUGCAGCAGACCGAUUCUUAUCUCGCUUCACUCGCUGAAGCUGUGACAGCUCAGCAGAACGACUCUAUUCAUACAGAUGCAACCACUCGUGGUGGCGUCGAGCUUAUGGAUGACGAAUCGAACUUUGAUUACGGUGAAAGCAGGCGUAAUGACUAUUACAAUAUCGCCCAUAAGAUCCAAGAAAGGAUUGUUAAGCAACCAUCGAUUUUGACUGGAGGAACACUAAAAGAAUACCAGAUGAAGGGUUUGCAGUGGAUGGCAUCACUUUAUAACAACCGUUUGAACGGCAUUCUGGCAGAUGAGAUGGGACUGGGUAAAACCAUUCAGACUAUCUCUUUGGUUACAUUCUUAAUCGAAGCUAAACAACAAAAUGGUCCAUUUUUGAUUCUCGUUCCUCUCUCUACAUUGACUAAUUGGACUCUGGAAUUUGAGAAAUGGGCUCCUCAGGUGACCAAAGUCGUUUAUAAAGGUGUCCCCUCACAACGCAAACACAUUCAACAAACAGAGAUCCGACAUCGUAAUUUCCAAGUGCUAUUGACGACUUACGAAUAUGUUAUUAAGGAUAGGCCAAUUCUCAGCAAGAUUAAAUGGGUUUACCUUAUCAUUGAUGAAGGUCAUCGUCUAAAGAACGCCAACUCUAAACUGUUUGUGACCUUGACUCAACAUUACUCUUCUCGCUACAGACUCAUCUUGACGGGUACACCCUUACAGAACAACCUUCCUGAGUUAUGGGCCCUCCUCAACAUGGUUUUGCCCCGUGUCUUCAAUUCUGCCCAAUCUUUUGACGAGUGGUUCAACACGCCCUUCGCAAAUACGGGUGGUCAAGAUAAAAUCGAAUUGAACGAAGAAGAGGCUCUUUUGAUCAUUAAACGUCUUCACAAGGUCUUACGACCUUUCUUGCUCCGUCGUCUCAAGAAGGACGUAGAAGCGGAAUUACCAGACAAGGUAGAGCGCGUCAUUCGGUGCAAGAUGUCGUCUCUUCAGCUCAAGCUGUAUAACCAGAUGAAGAAGCAUGGUAUGCUUUUCACUCAGGCAGGAGAAAAGGGGCGUACUGGAAUUAAGGGCCUGAAUAACACUAUCAUGCAAUUAAGGAAGAUUUGUAACCAUCCGUAUGUGUUUGAGGAGGUCGAACGUGUUAUCAAUCCAGCCAAGGUGAACAACGAUCAGCUGUACAGGGUUGCAGGAAAGUUCGAACUUUUGGAUCGAAUGCUCCCAAAGCUGUACAAAACGGGGCACAGAGUUUUGAUUUUCUUCCAGAUGACAGCCAUCAUGAAUAUCAUGGAGGAUUUCUUGCAUUUCCGUAACUACCAGUACAUGCGUUUAGAUGGUUCCACAAAGUCGGAUGACCGAUCCGCUCUUCUCAAGCAAUUCAACGCUCCGGACUCGCCAUAUUUUGUCUUCCUGCUAAGUACAAGGGCAGGAGGUCUUGGUCUGAAUUUGCAGACGGCAGACACUGUCAUUAUUUUCGAUUCUGAUUGGAAUCCUCACCAAGACUUGCAGGCACAGGAUCGUGCGCAUCGUAUUGGUCAAACGAAAGAGGUGCGUAUCUUCCGAUUGGUGACAGAAAAGUCUGUGGAGGAGCAUAUUUUGGCUCGAGCUCAAUAUAAACUCGAGAUUGAUGGUAAAGUCAUUCAGGCUGGAAAAUUCGAUAAUAAGAGUACAGCUGAAGAGCAAGAGAGAUUCUUACGUUCACUGUUGGAGAGCGACAAUAACAAGGAGGAGAACGAUGUAGAGGAAGAGGAGAUGAAUGAUGAAGAACUUAACGAAAUUGUAGCUCGAACAGAUGAGGAGAUGACUAUUUUCAGAAAGCUCGAUGCUGAACGCAAGCGGAUUGAAGACGAAGCAUUUGAGCGGGACGGUAUCCGGCUUGAGCGUUUAAUUCAAGAAUCAGAGUUACCAGAGAUUUAUCUCCACGAUGAGGAUCCACACCAGAGUGUGCAGGUUGAGGAGGAUCUCGGACGUGGUCAAAGAGUGAGAGCGGAGACUCGAUAUGACGAUGGAUUGACAGAGGAGCAAUGGCUCGAGGCGCUUGAGGACGAGGACAAGGAUGUGAACGAAGUCAUUGCACAAAAGUUGGAGCGACGCAGGAAAAGAGAAGAAAAGAGACUCCAGAAAGAGAACGCUCUUGCGGCUGGUGAGGAUCUUGAUGCAGAACCCAAGAAGGGUCGUGGUAGAGGAAAGAAGACCUUACGCGAUGAGGAUGAGGAGGAAGUGGAACCUGCAACCUCCAAGAAGGGUCGUGGCCGCGGUACCAAGUCCUCUACGUCUAAUGAGAUCACAAAGCCAACUGCUAAGGGUAAGAGGGGUAGGAAACCCGAUGGAGCUUCCGCUAGUCAGGAUACACUUGGUGAGAACGAGCGUAAGGCUCUAACAAAGAUUAUGGAGCAAUGCUAUAAAGCGCUUGAAGAAUGUACUGUGGUGGAAGAGGAAGGACUCCGACGCCGCUGCGAACUAUUCCUUCAUUUGCCGAGCAAGAAGGAAUAUCCUGAGUAUUAUCAAAUCAUUACUCGUCCGAUUGCCAUGGAUAUCAUCAAGAAGCGGAUGAGAUCAACGCACUACAAGUCUCCUGCUCAGUUUAAAGAGGAUGUCCAUUUAAUGUUCCAGAAUGCACGUACUUUUAACCAGGAAGGCAGUUGGGUGUAUGUAGACUCGGAGCGUCUAGAGGUAACAAAAUGGCUGUGCUACUUUUUUUUUUUUUUUUUUUUUUUUUUUUUUUAA